CUCUCUCUUCUUUCUAUGAGAGUUGGAAACAAACUUUAAGCGCAAAAUUGCAUGCCAAUCAUCACUCUCCAAAUCUUCCAUAAGGCACACCCAAUUACAAUUACCAAAGGGGAGAGUGCUGAGGGAGGGCAUGGAAAGGAGAAGAGUGGGAAGUGUUCAUAGAAGGAGAGCUUCCACUGGUUCUCAAAAAUUGGUGCAUUCCCAACACCAUCAUGAUGAUGAUUUCCCUGUUUGCCUCAACCAGGAAACGACGACUAAUCAUGGGGGGAGGAGGAGUCAUUCUCAAACGAGGCAUGGGUUGAAAGAAGUCCGACGUGGCCUGACAACCUCAAAAGAGCUCCUCAAACUUCUAACCAGAUUCUGGGGCAUGGCGGACCAGCAGUCCACGUGUCUCUCCCUCAUCUCUGCUCUCAAGACCGAGCUUGACCAGGUCAGCGCCCAGGUCACCAAGACCAUCCAAGGGGAGACCGACUCCCUCCUGAAACGGUUCGAGGAAGAGAGGGCCAAGGAGAGGAGAAGGGUUCACAGCGCCAUGGAGUCCCUCGUGGGCGAGCUCAAGAGCGAGAAGCGGAUGAGGAGGCAGACCGAGCGGCUGAACAAGAACCUGGGGCGGGAGCUGGCGAGUGCCAAGGCGUCCCUGUCUGAGGCGGCGAAGGAGGCCGAGAGCGAGAGGAGGGCGAGGGAGAUACUCGAGCAGGUGUGCGACGAGCUUGGGCGCGGCAUCAGUGAGGACCGCGCCGAGGUGGAGGCGUUGAAGCGCGAGGCGGCUAGGGUGAGGGAGGAGGUUGACAAGGAGAGGGAAAUGCUGCAGCUCGCCGACGUGCUCAGGGAGGAGAGAGUGCAAAUGAAGCUCUCUGAAGCCAAGUUUGAGUUCGAGGAGAAAAACGCCGUCGUUGAGGAGCUCAAAAGCGAGCUCGAGUCGUAUUUGAGAUUCAAAAAAGGCGGUCGCGGAGGAGGAGAGGUGGAAGAAGAAGAGUCGUCUCCGAGCUAUGAACGAAUCAAGGCUCUCGAGAAGCAUUUGAGGGAAACUCUUCCCUCAAAUGGACCAAAAACCAAAACCCACAAAGACGACGACGACAAUGAUGAGGAUGAUGAUUCGGGUUGUGGUGAUAGCGACCUCCACUCCAUUGAGCUAUGUGUGGAUGAAAACCACAAGAGCUAUGAAUGGGCUAGCAAUAAUAAUAAUAGUAAUAGUAUAGGGAGAUCUAAUAAGCAUUGCCCAAUAUACCUCGAAAGACAAACCUCGGAAGGCAUUGUUUUGGAGUUCGCGGCGGGGGUUGCGCGAAAGGAAGAAAACGACAAGUGCGCAAGCGGGUUUUCGCCGCAUUCGUUGCACGGUUCUUGGAAAAGGGAGUGCGAGGACGACGAGUUGGAGAGGUACAACAUGAUCAAGGACCUUAGAGAUCACAUUGUCUCUUCUUCUUCCAAAACCACAUCAUCUUCCCAAGAUUUGAUCAUUAGUCCAGCCAAGAAACGGAGCCAUCAAAGCUUCAAUUCCCAAGACUUCACUGCCAUGAUUGGGGAUUCCAAUUCAUUCUCAGUGUUGCAGGGAACAAAUGAAUGAGGCAAAAAAAAUGUCCCAUUUUGUGAAUGGGGAUGCCAAUCCGGGCCAGAGUAUGCGUCCUUACGUGUUUCAACGGUAUGUGAUUGAUCGAUAAUUAUUAAAUUUUUCAAUCAAUCACAGAUAGUUGACGCGACAAAUUGUGGGCCCCAAGGAAUCAAGACUCAACAUUUGCAACACUCUCAAGGAUAUCCCCCUAUGUGUACAUCUCAAGAACAGGGGGGGAUAUGAUAGUCCCUAUCUCCAAUGAAGUUAUUAGGGGUAUGAAAAGUUUCAGGGAGCUGGGAAUAUGAUAUCGAUUGGACGAAAAUGCCCUUGAUGUGGAUAUAAUUUUUCACUCAUUUUCUUGAAAAGUGAUUUCUGGAAUUUCCAUAUAGUCAAAGUUCAUUGUCCUGUUGUUUGAGUCACAUGAAUUGUACAAAGUUUGCCUCUUUUUUUUUGACUGGGAAUGAAGAUUUAUAAGCACA